CAGGGGGUGGGGGGGAAGAUGAUUCUAUUAAGUAUUUAAAUUGUGAAAGUAGAUUUUAAGUUUGGAAAUGGCCUGAAGUUCAUUAGAGCUAAGUUUGGUGAAUAAGUUGAAUAAGCUUUGGUGGUAGAUCUGCUCUAAGUUAAAAACUGGUGUUUAACUAAAAAGUAAGGAUUGGGUUUCUUCUGUUUUGUUUUCAAUUUUAAUGGUUGGCUCAUUUAUUAUAAGACUAGCUUGAAGGCAGCCCCAGAAGAAGGGUUUCAGGCAGCUUCAGUUCCAGAGUUGGGCCAGCAUCUUUGGAACACUAGUAGAGGCUCCAGAGCAAAAGCUUUAAAGGCAGGGGCUUGAGGGUGAGUGGGGCAGUGUUGACUCAGACCUAUAAGCUUAUAUUUUUGGAGUACAAAUUCAACUUCAUACCUACUGUGUUAAGCAACACCCGCAGCGAAGUUGGCAUUUGGGGCUUGUGUAGCCGGUAACGGGGCCAGGGGCAGAAGGUUCCCUGCAUCAAAGGAGCAGAGGCCAAAACCUGGCUUUGGAUGUUGACUUGCAUUCCAGGUCUGUUCGCCCUUUGUGAUACACAGAAUUCAGAUCUGAAAGUGUGAGCAUGUGUUAAGGGAAGGCCCUCAGGUUGGUGUCCUUGGCCAGGACUUUAAAGCUGGAUAUGGGGGAAGCCCUCUUCUUCUAUAUUGCAUGGACUACUGAGUGGCUAGAAAGCACCACUGAGCCGAGGCUCACUGGGAGUGGAGGAAAAUGCGUGUCCCCAUGGAAAAUGAUGGAUGAAAGUUCAAGGGUUUUGUAUCUUCAGGUUCAUGAUGACUAAUAGGUUCAUCUAGAAGGGCUGGGCCCCCAAGCAACCUUUGGAUUAUUUCCAACAGGUGGAAAUGAGAGUUGCCGUGUUCAUUAUAUCCCAAAGUUUAUCUUGGCUGUGGAAAGAGCGUAGGGCUUUGGAAUUUGCCUGGUAGAGCUCCAGUGUUGCUCUCUAUUGCUGGGUGUCAUGACUAUGGUGUCAUAACUAGAAUUGCCUAGGCCUCAUUUCUUUCAUUUGUAAAAUUGGAACUCCAUUUUAGGGCUGUUGUGGAAAAGGGUCAUAAGAGUCACGUAUAUGAAGAGCCUCAACAGAUGCAAACCCUCCACCUCUUCCAAGGCCCUCAGAACGACACUAGAAUGGGGGCGCCUGGGUGGCUCAGUCGGUUAAACGUCAGACUUCGGCUCAGAUCAUGAUCUCACAGUUUGUGAAUUCGAGCCCCGCAUUGGGCUCUGUGCUGACAGCUCAGAGUCUGGAGCCUGCUUCAGAUUCUGUGUCUCCUCUCUCUGUGCCUCUCCCCUGCUCAUGCUCGGUCUCUCUCUCUCUCUCUCUCUCUCUCUCUCAAAAAUAAAUAAACAUUAAAAAAAAAAAAAGAAUGACAUUAGAAUGAACCCCAUUGCCACUCAGUGGCCCACAGUUGUAUAUCAGAAUAUGCUACCUGCUGCAGGAAAAUGUCCCCAAUCUUUCGUGAGGUGAGGCCUGUAUUCCUAAGAGAAUUUCCAGUUCCUCCCUUCUUUGAAUAAGGUCAGCUGUUGAGGCUCCAACGCUCAGCAGCUCUAACAAAUUAAGCUAAGACCCUUUCGGCCUCUUAAAAAAAAAGCUUUCCUGUCACUGACAUAGGCGGCCUCGGCAGGAUGCACACUGGCACUUCAUGCUCAGGCACUUAAUGGAAUGCUCAAUGUGAACUGCAUUGUUGAUAUUGAUAACAGGUCAUUUCUUAUUUGGAUUUAAAGGAGUCCUACCUUCAGGUUUUUCUCAUUUUUGUCCAGCCCCUAGUUUUUACUGUGAUUCUAGCAUCAUCCUUGAUCGCGCUGAUAAUUCAAGGAAGCUUGGCCUGGAUCCCUGACUCGGGGGCCCUGGUGAGACGGAGAAUUAGGCCAGCAGGGCCACAGGCAGCCUCCAGCAGAGAGCGUGCUGCCACCACUAGCCUCUCACACUUAAUCCUGACUUUGCUUGAACCAUCCUGUUCGGUUCCGGGAGCUCUGAUUCUCAAUUUUUGCUGUAUGUUAGAAUUACCUGGAGAACUCUGAAAAAUUUGGAAAUCCAUACUGUGCCCCAGCCAAUUAAAUUAGGCACCAAUGUUUAAAAAAAAAAAUGGCAAAACUCCCAGGUGAUUCCAGUACGCAGCCAAGUUUGGGAAGCAAGCAGUGCCUUGGGUGAUGGAAUGAACAGUCUCCUGGUACAGUUACUUCCCUGAGUUUACUUGCAUUGGUGAAGUCAUUCACUCUAUCCUCUGCAAAUCAUCUAGGGCCAAGGUGUCACCUCUAGGGGUUGAACUGCCUGUUCUGGUCAGUAUUGAGGUCCCCGUGGCGAAUAGCUAUCAUAACAACCUGUUUUCUUAUGAAACGUUUUACACAUUCACGAAGGUAAAGAGAAUAGUAUUAGGGAUCCCCAUGCACGCAUCACCCAGCGGUCAUUCAUGUUUCCUUUGCAUCACCACACACACAUUCUGGGGUGGGCUGGAGUAUUUUAAAGUAAAUCCUAACAUCGUUUCAUCCAUAAAUACUUGAGUGUGUGUCUCUAAGAGAUAAGGACUUUAAAAAAACAACCAUAAUACCAUUAUCACACCUAAGAAAAUUAACGACAGGUCUUUAAAAGCCAUGUUCAGUUUUCUCCCAAUUUGUCACAAAAAUGCAUUUAUACAUUUGGUUUGUUCCAAUUAGGGUCCAAACAAGUAUAAUUCAUUUUUGGUAGUUUGACUUUAACCCUGGGGUAAUUAAACCAUCACUGUGUACGCACACAGGUAAUGAUGCAUAUGCAGGUCUGGUAAAAGUAUAAGUGGCAUUCAGCGCAUCGGAUGUUUACACGAUGGUCUCUCUUGGCUCUUUACCUUCCUUAGCCCUUCUGGUGAGACCUUGACCUGUCACAGAGGUCACUCACUGAGUGCUCACUGAGGCGCUGGUUCCAAUCACUUCUGUGCUGCUCUGCUUCUGCCUGAAGGCAUAUUUCCUUCAGUGAACUUAGAAUAGAACCUUAGGCUGCUUGUGGAAAGAGAGUAUGAGUCAGCUCGGUGGACAGUUUCGAAUUUCCUGCUCCUUUGCUAAAGGCGGUGGCUGGGAAGGGCUGGAACUGCCUCUUGGGCUCCUCUCUGGGCUCUGCUGAGGGGUCCUGCCUCGCUGGUUAUCUCUGGGGAUCCACCCGGGACUUGUGCUCUGACCCAGGGACCAGGCAGUAGCUAAGCCCUCCUUCCCUAAGGUGUAGAUGGCUCUGUGAGCCUUUGCCUCCAGCUAGAUGUCUGGGUUCAGGUCCAGAUGAUGACCAGGGGAGGAGAGGGUUAUUUUCUGCCCUCCGAGGACAGAAAGACCAACACCUUACCGGUCACCACUUUGGCACAUUGUCUCUCCUCUGUUAGGUAGAAUGCUGUCAGAAUUUCUUAAAAAGGGGCAGAUGACUGGAUGGCCCCUGGGAUGAAUGGGUGGCAAGUCUUUGUGGGGGAGUGAGCAGGAGAAAGAUCAGGGUGGAGAAUGGGCAACCUAAAUAAUUGAACUCCGGUUCCUUCCACAAAUAUGUCUUUGUGUGCCUACUCCAUAUGCAUCGUGUCAAAUCAGAAUCUCAUCUUCUCUUUCCCUAGCCAUAUUCUUUUGCUUUAGAAGGGCUUUGUCUUGAUUUCAGGUGGAUUUGCAGUUGCAAGGUUUUUAUUCCUUCUUUCUCUAUAUCAUGACCAGGUUAGUUAAAGAGCAGUGGACAAGCAUCCUAAUAUAUAAAGGCAACCCUGAUCUGCAAAGUUGUUCCUCACAGGACUGUUUUCAAUAGCAAAAGGUUCAGAAAAACCUAAAUGUUCUUUAAUAAGGGACUUGUUAAGUAAAUCACGGUAUGCCUGUAUAGUGAAAUGUUGUACUGAUGCAAAAAGGGGAUGAAUCUGUUCUGGGUUCCCAUAUGGAAAGAUCCCCAAGAGAUAAGACGCAAGGUCCAGAACAUGGGAAUAAUAUAUUUGCAUAAACCCUGGAAGGAUACACAAAAAUCUUUUAAAAGGUGGUUACUGUUGGCUUGUUGGGUGGGAAAGGGAACAGAGCAGAUGGGAGGUGGUGGGAGUAUACCUUUUUAUAUUUUGAUUUAUGAAUCAUGAAUGUGUAACCUAUGCAGGACAAUUAACUAAAUAUAAGAAUAAAUACAUCCGUACCUAUAUCAUGCAGAUAAAUUGAUGGCCUGUUAUCCUCCAGCUAAUCUUCUGCAAGCUUCUGAUCCCUCCUUAUCUGUACUUAAAGACCUCAGAACCUGUUGUGUUCUGAAAUGGAUCAAUGAGGCUAUGACCAGCCCAUGGAAUGGGUGCCAUAUUUUUCCCAUGAUACCUUGUUCAAUAACAUUAUAACUAUUUGCUUCUUUUGAAGCCCAUGAGCUUUCCCCCUUCCUCAUCCUGAAAUAUAAACUGAGCUGACAUCUAAAGAUUAUCCAGAGAAGACAGGGAAGUUGGGCUGCCUGUGUCUGCCAGCACAGUAAGUUGCCCUCUUAGGAAGAGGAGGUGUCAUGGGAGAAGCUGCAGGCAGGGGUGGGGAGAUUAAGAUGGCUUCCCUUCCCAUUUCUCGUCUGUCUAUGCAGUCUUUUGCUUCUCCCUUGGCAUCCCAUGCGCCAUAUUGUCUGUGUGUUUGUAUUUAUUUUCAGCUUCUGCUGAGUGGCAGCAAAAUCCUUUUGAGCUGAACUGGUCCCGCCCUGGUAGCUAGGAAUGUUCUAAUGUUAAGACUUGCUCUUCACAUUUGGCACAUUCUUAGUAUUAGGAACAGUUCCUCCAGGGCUCACAGGAAACAAACAAAUGAAAUCCAUGGAACAAUUUUCUCCCUCUUGAGGGGAGAAAGAGGGGUGGAGAGAAUCUUUGGGGAGACUUGAAGCAAAGAACAUUUAGGAGUGAACUUUGUUUAGAAGUGUUUUGAAAGAUGAAAUUCAAGGACACUCAGGACCUAUUCUUGGCUCUGCCACAAAUGUACCUUUUAUGUUUUAUUCCAGUUUGUACAUUUGGGGCUUACUCUUUGAUUUUGCAUCUAUAAACUAGGUGGGGCCCGCAUUCAUUGUCCAUUCUCCUCACUGUUCUGUUUUAGCCAUCUGAUACUUACUUAAUAAAACUUGAAAGCCGUCCUUGUAACUGGCAACUAAGUGUAGAGAGUGGAUAAGCCCUGUUUGGCCCCUUUUCUUCCUUAAAUGAGUACUACAGUGAAUACUGUUCUAGAGAUGAGUACUAAUUGGGUUGAGGUUUGAUCAAGGACUUGUUACCUCACCUACAUGCCUCUUCCUCUUUUGAGUACAGUUGUACACACGAUGAAGAUUGCAUGUGGUCAUAAUUACCCUUGACAGUUCUAUAGGAGGCCAGCACACAGCCUUUCACCUCUUCCUCCAGUCUUGGGAAGGAUCACUGUUUCUGUGAUGGAGCACUAAAUGAAGUAGCUGGCUAGCAUUCUCAGUCCAUGUUGAAAGAUGAAUGUGUACUUCAUCUUUAAAUGCUAGGGUCCUAUCAAGGGUAGCAACAGACCAAAAGAAGCACAUGGUCCCCAAAUCUUGACCAACUCUGGGGUACAUGUUCUUGGAGAGGAAGAGCCUCAUCUCUCUUUAAAUGUACUCAGACUCUGGCUUCUGUUCUCUUGCUGAAUUUGGAAAGUUAACAAUGUGUAUAUGAGAUUCCUCUGUAAGGCACUUCUUAACUACCACAGAGAGCACUUGGUGAGAUACUGCGGAUUCUCCCCUUUCCUCUCCUCUCUCAGCAGGUUUUAUUAUGACCACCCUUGGGGAUUCCUGAGAGGGGAAGAUCCUUGAAACAAGGUGGAUGCUCACCAGCUGUGCCUUCCCUAUGUAGAAUUCAGGUGAACCAUGGGGAGGAAAGUGGUGCUGAAGUCAGUGAUCUGUAAGCCUUAUUUGGUAGCUUGUUCUCUGUUGACUAGCGAGCCCUAACUCUGAUUCAUUGGUCCACUUUUUAAAUUUCUGAUAUAACUAAACUGUGUAUGGCAAAGUCAGAAACAAUUUUCAGAGUAAUCAGUAGCUUUGGCUUCCCUUUUGAUGAUUUAUUUAACCAGGCAACCUGGGAAUUCUAGAGCAGGUAAGUACUCUGGACACUGUCAUCUACUUCUCUUGCUCUGGAAUCAUCUCUGAUUAGCCUUUCAGAAACCAAAAGUUAACAGUGUGACAGAAUUGAGGGAUGAUUUUGGUUUUAGCUGGGUCAGUAAUGUAGACUCAGAGUCAAAAGUUGUGAGCCCCGUUCUGGCUCCUACAACUAAAAUUGAACAAGAAAUAGUUUCCUCAUAUGUCAACUGUGAUUAGUCUAGAAUUAGCUAUCCUACGGUUAAUUUUAGGAUUCUAGGCUGCUGUUCUAGUUAUUUAGUUAAUAUCUAAUGUCCAUAAGAUGUGAAACCUGUCCAUAAGAUGUGAAAUUAUUUAUUUGCCCCCCUGCAGUGUUGAAUUAAAGAACUAAAAAAAUCUUGUUAAGCCUUAUAUACCUUUUGUUUUAAUCAGAAAUGAACAAAUAGAAAAAUAGGGAAAUAUUUUCCAAUUAUUUUUUAAUGGGGUUCAGACAGUGAGAAAGAAUACAUUAAACUAGCAAAUAUGCAUCACAUAACUGUGGAUACCUGAAAUGCUCUUAAAUUCUACCACUUAUGUGUCAUUUCAGGUGAAUGUUUUCCUUUGCAUUUUCUCACUAUUCUACAGUGAACUUAGUACGUUUUAUCAUGAAGAAUAAUACACAUUACAAAAGUUUGCUACCACCUUCCUGUUAUUUCCUCCCUCUGUAUAAUUUUCAUCUCCACCCCCUAUUUAAGCCAAUAAAGGUUAAUCUGUGUUUGUUGAAUGAAAUGAAAGAGACUCGGGUCUACCAAGGGUUUACCAUUUGUCAGCCACUGAGCUACAAAAGUGAAAAAGAAGACCAUCUUUUUUUGAGAGUCUCAGGUCCAAAAGCAAAGGGGACGUGCAAGUCACAACAAAAUGCUGUAAUUGUGGCAUUGCUUGCCAUGAAGACAGAGAAGAGACUCCAUUUCCUAUCCCUGGUCUCUGUUUAGGAUAAAAGCCCUGUGAAAUUGCAAGGCUCAUUGCUUGCAUAUGAUAAAGCCAUAGCCAAUGUUGACAUUAGCUGCCAUUGUUGACCAAUGUUGUUUGUAAAGAAAAGACAGUUCUAGCUUUGGGGUGAGAUCCGCAUCCUUUUAAACUGGUGUGUUAGUUUAGGCUGGCCUCUUAGAUCCAGGGUCAGAACGUAGCUUUACCCCCAGUCCGUUGGUCUUGAUCUGCCAGCACUGCCAGCUUUCUUUCCACUCCUCUCUGUUCCCUGUCCACUUACUUGUAUUUGUAGGUUUUCUCAUGUAGGUGUUACCAAUCUAUGCCUUGUAGAAUUCUGGAGGUUCGAGGCCUGGGCCAGUUUAAGCCCUACAUUUUCCAGGCGAGGGAAAUUGAGGCAGCAAGAAAAGCAGCUGUGCCCAAAGGCACAGAGCUAGUGGUGAAGCCAGGCCCAAACUAUUGCCUCCCAACAGAGUGAAUUUGCAGGGUUUCUACCUCCAGUUAUGUGUGCUAUUUACGUAGGUGAACAAUUACAGAGGAUCGUUGAGUGUUCUCAGAAGAGACUUCCAUUUCUACAACUUAACAGCUGUAUAGCCAUCUGACAGAGGUGGCUUCCACAUGGAAGGUUUGCUUAGCGAGGACGCUACCGCUGUCUUGGAUAAGUUUUUUGUAGCCAACAUCACGGUAAGCGGUAGAUUUAAGACCGCUCCUAGAUUACACAGCCUUUCAGCAGCUUCCGACCUAAUUGUGGCCUGAAGUUAGGGAAACAACAGAGUGGACUGGGCCAGGCUGGUGGCAGAUUUGGGUUCGGCACACUCAGUCUGUGCAGUGAUCCUCAUGGUGCGAGGAUCACUCGAGGAAUGAAGCUAUCCAACCCUUAAGCAGAUUUCAAACAUAGACCUUACCCUUCAGCGUGGCACACGUUAAAUACACUAACUGGUCACCCAUUGGACACUCCCUAUUUUCUCUCCGCCCCCUCCCACCCUUGAGCUUAAAAUUCCACCCCAGAUCUAGGUUUGGUUUCUCUCUGCAGCCCAUGUGUCUGACGCCAGGCCUUCUUGCCCUGUUUGCUCUCCAAGCCUGAAGGGCUAACAAGGAAGACGAGUUCUUCAUUUUUUUGGGUUGGCCCUCAGUCUCUUUACUGGGUUCUUGUGGGCAAUGAUGAUUUUAUGGCAGCCCUCAUUUCUGAAGGCCCUGGAAUCCUUGCUCAUCAAGCCCUUGGCUCCUUCCCUAAUUUCCCAGAGUAACUUUCCCAUGUUUCUGAUCCAGUUUGGAUUCCUUCUUCCACUUUUAUCAGUUUGCCCUGUUUGUGUAACAUCUUAUGCUGGAGAAAUUCAGACUCUCUAGAGUAAAUUGGCCUAGUAGUUCAGUUCCCCUGUUUUUCCUCCACACAGGCCAGGCACAAAAUUUGUGGGUGUGUUGAUAUAACCAUAUGGAAUACCCCACACCAAGUGGGCACUGGGUGAAUGUGAGUUCCAUUCACUUUUCUUUAAAGAAAUCUUGCCAGGUACACAAGCCUAGCACUGAAAGGUCCUCACUUCAUAGAGUCUCUUAUCUUAAAAAAAAAAAAAAAAAUUUGCUUAGCAUAAUAGCCCGUGUGCAUGUUAUCAGUGCAGGUCUUCUGGCUCUAACCAAGCUGAACAUCCCCACAGUAACCGUGAGCUUUGGAAAGAGCCUUAUUUUACCCCUGUGCCAGCCAGUUACAUUUUAAGGAACAUGGCUGAAAACUGGCUUGGUCUCAAGUAAGAUUUGUCACUGUGCAUACAUCUCUGAAAUCCUGCUCUCAGGUAACAAUAGAAAUUAUCUGGGGCGCCUAGGUGGCCCAGUCCGUUAAGUGUUCGACUUCGACUCAGGUCGUGAUCUCACAGUUCAUGGUUCGAGCCCUGUGUCAGGCUCUGUGCUGAGUGCUUAGAGCCUGGAGCCUGCUUCUGAUUCUGUGUCUCCCUCUUUGCCCCUCCCCCGCUCAUGCUCUGUCUGUCAAGAAUGAAUAAACGUUAAAAAAAAAAGUUAAAAAAAAUUAUCUGACUCCCCCCCCGCUUUUUCUUUAAUUUAUAUAUUUUUAAAUUUACAUCCAAGUUAGCAUAUAGUGCAACAAUGAUUUCAGGAGUAGAUUCCUUAAUGACCCUUACCCAUUACCCCUUCCCUUUCUUGAACAGCCCCAGCUGUGAAUGCCAAAUUCACUUUGGUAUUUAACAUAUGCAAUUUUCUAUUGGAUUGACUUUGUAAACAAGUUGAUAUUUGCCAGUAAGGCAACAAGUGGCCACCAGAGAGCCUGUGUAUCUGGAUAUACCUCAGAUUUCAUCUCUGUCUGAACAGCUGGCUAAGAAUUUUUUUAUAAGAAAGCUAACUGAAUGUAGCUAGAAUGGUUUCUUUUGUUCAAAUUUCCUCUCCCGGAGACCAGUCCCCAGGACUCCCCUCACCUGCCUUAUCCAUUAAUGCAAUGGCCUCAUUUUCCCCAAAUAAACAAGUUCUCUUGCCAAAGAACAUAGGCGGCAUUCUUGGAUGCAGGGACGUGUCUUGGGACCUGCAUCUGAGUAAGGCGUGUUCUUCAUUUUUCUGGGUUGGCCCUCAGUCUCUUUACUGGGUUCUUGUCGGCGAUGAUGAUGUUAUGGCAGCCCUCAUUUCUGAAGGCCCCUUGAGUUGUAUUAAUCCUGCCCGUGGCUGUCCAGCCCUCUUGAAAGCAUCCUUCAUUUCUGUUUGCUCACUUUCCUGAAUGCCUCUUUCAGAUCAUCUUUCACCUCUUGCUUCAAGCUCUGGGGACACAUGUGGUUUUGACAUAAUGUACAGAUGUGACUUGGGGGAGGGGAGGCAUGGCUGUGGGCUCGCACACAUCAGCUGGACUCUGAAAGAGGGAGGUCAUCCUCUGAGUGGGCCGUUCGGGAAGGAGCGGAGGUGGAAAAGACCCAACAGGCAGCCUCAGGCCCUCCAGAUUUCCCCUCCAAACACGAGACGGAACACUGUGGUAUAUGUUUUCCACUGCAAGGAGAGAGCAUGAGCUCAGCUCAUGUGGACCAAAUCACCCUAAAUACGCUUGUGUGUCUGGUUUCUAAGUUGAGACAUAUUAAACAAUAAAGGACCAGUGACCAAAACUUCUAUAGGGAAAAACCCAGUGAUUUCUUUAUCCACUCAACUGUUGAUCACCAAGGUUGGCAAAUUUCUUUGAAGGUCUAGUUAGUAAAUAUUUUUGGCCUUGGGGACCAUGAGGUUUCUGUCAAAACUGUUGAGCUGUGCCUUUGUGGCUGUAAAGCAGCCAUAGACAAUACGUAAACAGACCAGUGUGGUGGCUGGUCAUAAUUUGCCCACUCUUGCCAGUCUAAAUUAUAAAACUUACAAACAUCCUCUUCAUUGUUGUUUGCAUAAAUUAAUGAGUACUCUGUAUGUGGCCAGGACUUAUGCUAAGUACUUGUUGUGAGUGAUCACAUUUAUCCCAUUCAGAACAAUUCUGUGAAGUCAUUAAUAAUAUUCUACCCAUUUUACCGACAAAGAAGUGCAGAGGCUUAGAGAAGGUAAAUAACAUAAGUAAGGGCCAGGCUGGAUUUUGAACUAAGUUAGCUUGACUCCAGUUUCAUGCUCUUUUACCACUGCACAGGACAGCCUUAGAUAACAUCAUGAUAUCCAUAUUUGCCUUAAGAUCUUGCCAUUAGCCAGUAUUUGGACUUUGGCCUCUCCCCAUCUUCCCCUAAAAGCCCAAAACAUGCAAACAGAUUAUUGCUAAAAACUCUUGUAUAAAUUAAUACAUGGCAAAAAUUUUAAAGGAGUCCAUUAACAAGUUAUAAUGAAUUGGAAGGCAAGUUCUGCUAUGCUUCCUGGCUAGUUUUGCUUUGUAAUACCCAAGGGUCGUGGGAGAUGAAUAUAUUAAGGCCUGGGGAUCUCAGGCCAGUGGCAUCCACGCUGGUUUUGAGGUUCCAAGAUCUAGUGUUCUGAAAAUGUAGAGAUGGAGCUGGGCCUGGAGCAAGCUACUGCCCCUUGGGACGGCCUCACCUGGGGCCAUUUGCCUCUUAACGCCAACACUGACAUGAGCUGUCAGCCCGCUGUACACAUGGGGGCAGGCUCCUCGGUUACCAGCGGAGGUAUGCCGAGCUAAUGUGGUCAGGGGAGACUGGAUAUCGCAUCCUGCAAGUUGUUUCAGACUGGUGAUGGUCAUUUACGUGCAAGUUGACCAAACAGAAAUGUUCAUUAAAGAUGGCAGAAAGCGGGGCACCUGGGUGACUUAGUCGUACUCUUAGUUUCAGGUCAGGUCAUAAUCUCACUUCCUGGGUUCCUGAGUUGGAGCCCUGCAUCAGCCCCCAGUCUGACAAUGCAGAAUCUGCUUGGGAUUUUCUCUCUUCCUCUCUCUUUGCCCCUCUCUGGCUCACACUGUGCACUCACUCUCUCUGUCUCUUUCUCUCAAAAUAAAUAAAUAAACUUAAAAAAAAAAAAAGAUGGCAGAAACCAAGUUGGGAUGUCUUUUGUUGUUAUAAUAAGUAAGGUGUGUUCUGAAGAAAGCUUAGAGUAAAAAGAUUGGGAGGUGGGAGGGAAUCCCGUAUUCCAUAUCGCAUCACCUACAGCAGUGUUUCCCAAAGUGCUUUCUUCAGGUUAAAGGGAUGGUAAUGGGGGAAGGGGUUCCUGUGGUCAAAUAAGUUAUGAAAUGCAAGACUAAACAAACAGUAUUCUUGAGGAUAUAGUAUGUAGUGUUCUCAAAAUGUUUGUUUGGUUGUUUUGUUUUAUUUUUGGAUCCUCUUAUAAAAUUGUUUACAAGGAACACCCUUUGAGAAAUCUUAACCCAGAGGCAUUACCUAAUGUUUAUUACAUUUUGGUAAAUUUCCUUUACAGUCCAAGAUUUUUUUUAAACGGGUCAUAUAUUCUCUUUCUUUUUGUGUAUGUGUUUAACUUUAUUUUGAAGUAUUUCAUCCUCACAGAAGAGUUGUAAGAGCAGUAUGAGGGACUCUCCUAAUCCAAUUCCCCAUUUGUUAACAUUUUACCGUAAUUGGUAUUUUCUCAUUCUGUGUGUGUGUGUGUGUGUGUGUGUGUGUGUGUACAUGUACACAUUAUUAUUGCCAUUACUUUUGUGUUUUUAGUUAAAUUUCAGUUACAAGUUCUUUAAUGAACUAUACAUUCAUUUCUUGAAAAUACUUACAGAAACUCAAAUUAGGCUAGAAGCUUAUUAAUUCCCCCCAUUUCUACCUGUUGCAUGAAGGCAAAUCACGCUUUGCCAGUGUGUGAAAGGUUUUCAUUAAAUUGCAAGGGAACAUUUUGAUAUUCCUUAGGCUUCAGUUCAGACCCACACACAGUUCAGAUUUGUGAGGUUGUCACUUGAUGUGUAUGGGGACCAUCACAACCAUUUGCUGUGUGUUUUUAGUCCACUUGGGCAGUGUUGAGGACUGGCCUUGGCCGUUAGCUGAGAUGGAAGCCUGGACCAGACACUCUCCUGUCCUUUAGUUUCAGAACUAAAGGGAGGAGUCAAGAGGUCCUAGGGUUUCAUAGGACCUCUAUAUUUUAAGUGUCCCGUGGCGACUUGUCACACUUUCAGAACAUAUCAACAAGGACGAUUUCUUAAAUGACAUCUAGUUUCAGUAGUGCUUUUAUUUAACAUACAUUGGCGCUUCCAUAUCUGUUUUUUUUUUUUCCAGCCAUGAAAUCAAAGCUGUCUUCCUCCUUCAGAUGGUUUAAGUAUAGCCCAGUUUGCACAUAAAGUGAGUCAAGCGAACACUGCUACCUUACAAAGAGAUGUGUUGGUGUAAGGGGACUGUGGAUGUGAUGUAAUGUAACCUCUCAUGGAGUAUUUCCAAAACCAUAUAAGGAGGCUCGAAGUAGUCACCUCAAUGUCAACACCGAGCUCACAAAUGAGGCUGGAGCUUGUGUCCCCAAAGGAAGCAUAAGGAACACCACCAGAUAGUCUUGGGAGGAGAGAGCACCAGGCAUUUGUUCAGCGGGUGGAUGCAGCCCUCACAGUGGCCUUUGGACUCGCAUGUCCUACCUUCAACCUGGAAGCUCCCACGCCCAUGGUCACUGGUUGCACUGUGUGAAUGGGCACCAUUCACACAUAUAGUGUGUUCACACCUAACUGGAAAAGUGCCUUGUCUAGAUACACAUUAGACCAUAGGGAGAGAAAAAAAUUUUUCUUUAGUUGUUAAAACGUUUUGUGACGAAAGUUUUUAGAUACUCAAAAGAACAGAGAAUAAUAAAGUCAGUCCCUAUAUUACUUACUACAGAUGCAGCAAUGAUCAAGAUUUUUUCACAUUUCAUUACCCUCUCCUUUUUGGCUAAAAUACUCAUAACAAAUCCCAGAUAUCACAUCAUUGCAUCCCUACGAUGUUUUCUCUAAGAAGUAGACAUUUCAUAAAUCCAAUGCCAUUCUCCCACUUGGCAAAAUUAACCAGGACCAAAAUUUUGACAUCUAGUUUUUAUAGAGCUCCUGCGACUAAGUCACCUUGCAACGUGAGAAUCAACAGAGUCCAUGCCAAUACUAAUUUAUGGAUGUCUUAAAAGAAGGGGAUCCUUGCUCUUAGCUGUGAACAAAAUUAUUUGGAUUGGAGAUGGGGCGGGUAAGCAAUUUGCACUUGUGGUUCUACGUCUGUAAUCGCAGGUAUUGAGCUGUGCCAUUUGCUUCCUGGGCAUUUCACAGUAUCAUCAAUGAUUGAUAAUCAUAACUUACAGGAAUUUUUUUAAACAGUAUUUUAAUUGGAAAAAGCAUCUGUCAGCUGUCAGGCUUCCAGCUUCCACUUUUGAGAAGCAGGAUGUUGAAUGUGAGUAAUGACACAACAGGCCUAUAAAAUGCGGACUAACCCUCGGAUGACUCAUCCAGUACGAUGCAGUAUAUUUGUCAAGGAGACUGAAUCAUAUAUGGGGGAAACCACUUUUCAGGCAGCCAGCUGGUUCUCAGGUCCGCAAGAGACAAUCCAUUUUUAUCGGAAGCUUUAUAGUAGCAAUAAUGCUAAUAUCCAGCACUUGGGCUCUACAAUGUAGAGGAAAUGGCAUCACCCGGCAGUGACAGCUAUAUUGUGCGUGUCAAGGCUGUGGUUAUGACCAGAGAUGACUCCAGCGGGGGAUGGUUCCCACAGGAAGGAGGCGGGAUCAGUCGCGUGGGUGUCUGUAAGGUCAUGCACCCCGAAGGCAAUGGACGAAGCGGCUUUCUCAUCCACGGUGAACGACAGAAAGACAAACUGGUGGUAUUGGAAUGCUAUGUAAGAAAGGACUUGGUCUACACCAAAGCCAACCCAACCUUUCAUCAUUGGAAGGUCGACAAUAGGAAGUUUGGACUUACUUUCCAAAGCCCUGCUGAUGCUCGAGCCUUUGACAGGGGAGUGAGGAAAGCAAUCGAAGACCUUAUAGAAGGCUCAACCACAUCAUCUUCCACCAUCCAUAAUGAAGCUGAGCUUGGCGAUGAUGACGUUUUUACGACAGCUACAGACAGUUCUUCUAAUUCCUCCCAGAAGAGGGAACAACCUACUCGGACAAUCUCCUCUCCCACAUCCUGUGAGCACCGGAGGAUUUACACCCUGGGCCACCUCCAUGACCCAUACCCCACGGACCACUAUCACCUCGAACAGCCGAUGCCAAGGCCUUACCGCCAGGUGAGCUUCCCGGACGACGACGAGGAGAUUGUGCGCAUCAACCCCAGGGAGAAGAUCUGGCUGACCGGCUACGAGGACUACCGGCACGCGCCAGUGCGGGGCAAAUCCCCCGACGCCUCGGAGGACGCCGACUCCUACGUGCGGUUCGCCAAGGGCGAGGUCCCCAAGCACGACUACAAUUACCCCUACGUGGACUCCUCGGACUUCGGCCUCGGCGAGGACCCCAAAGGGCGCGGGGGCGGCGUGAUCAAGACCCAGCCGUCCCGGGGCAAGUCCCGGAGGCGGAAGGAGGACGGCGAGCGCUCCCGGUGCGAGUACUGCAGGGACAUGUUCAACCACGAGGAAAACCGGAGGGGCCACUGUCAGGACGCGCCCGACUCUGUGAGAACUUGCAUCCGCCGGGUGAGCUGUAUGUGGUGUGCGGACAGCAUGCUCUAUCACUGUAUGUCGGACCCCGAGGGAGACUAUACAGACCCGUGCUCGUGCGAUACUAGCGACGAGAAGUUUUGCCUCCGGUGGAUGGCUCUUAUUGCCUUGUCUUUCCUGGCCCCCUGUAUGUGCUGUUACCUGCCCCUGCGGGCCUGCUACCACUGCGGGGUGAUGUGCAGGUGCUGCGGGGGGAAGCACAAAGCGGCCGUGUGACUCAGUUUCCUUCCCUCCUUUCCUCCUCCCACAGCCACAGGGGAACUUGUCUCUGACAUACUCUCACCUUCUUUCUUGCUCCCUGGUACCUUGAGGCGCUAUUCCAGCCUGGGGAGCCCCCCUGGUGAACUCUGCACUUUCCCCUCUCCCCACGCAGCCCCCACCAGCCACCCACUCUGCGUCAACCACACACCCGUACACGCAGGCACACGGUGUUCUAAGGAAAGGAACCUCCGCACAGACACUUGUGUACUAUUACCAAUCUGUAAUCAAGCUAACUGUCUUAUACAUGUGUUGAUUUCUUGUCUUUCCUACCCACCUCUUCCAGCGCAGAGGCACCUGCAGUCGGAACUGCUGAUUUGGGGUGGGUUUUGUAGUUGGUUUCCUAGGAGAUCUUUCUCAUGGGUCGGCUUGCCGGUUGCUAAGGGGCAGCGGAUUCCUGCAGAUAGGUAACGUCAGAAUGAUGAAACCCUACCAGAAGUAUUGUAACCUGCAGUCAGAUUAUGUAUAGGAGGUGAGCUAGUUAACAAACGUCUACCACAAAACAAGAUCGCUUUAACUUUUGUAAACCCAAAUUUGCCAAGUAAGCUGCAGUUUCUAUUUGGAGCCCAUAAACAUUUCCUGUGCCCUCCCCCUAAAAACCUGACAAUUAUUUACUGAUGCAAAACAUUCACCCACAAAAAUGAGAAUUGAGCCUUAACUUCAGAUUAACUUGUGUGAAUCAGGAAAUUCCAUAAACUGCAUUGCAUCCUCUUAGACCAGGGGUAGAAAAAGGGGAUUUCAGGUUUGUCUGAGCUUCCCCAGUUACCCCUAAAGUAGAACUUUUUAAAACUGUGUCACCACCACUUCUAAAAAUUUAGCAAUAUUAGAAGAAAACACUAAUGAAGUUCUGCUCAUUGUUUUGCAAACAAGAUAGACUAUUCACACACAAACCAGUGUUCUCCAAAGAGUUCCAGUUGAGAAACACUGAAGUUGUGGUAAAGAAAAUUAGAAGGAGCUUCCUCCCACACCCCCACUGGCUAUUUUCUCUUAAUGGGGGGAAAUUUUAAAUGUCAUAAAUAUGAAGAGUGGUGGGUUGCAUUUUGUUUGUGGGUUUCUGUUCUUGUUUUCAUCCUGGACUGAAUCUCACAUCACCAAAUGCUUUGUUUAUACUUGGGGGAAAAAAACAAGGCCAUAUGUAAAAACCCUUCCAAUGCCUAAGUGUCUUUCUCCUGCAUCUCAAAAACCCAGACUUGCCAAUUUGGGUGCACAGAUGGUUAGGUCAGCAGUCUGGGUCUACCUUCACCUUGCCAUGUAGGAGGCUUCUAAUUAGCUGGAAAAGAGUAUUUUUCUAGUCUAUUGCAAGGAGUAGCCAAAUCUUGUCGCAGAAAGAAAAGUGAAGAGUGAGUGGUACCUAGCAUAGUACAAUCAGAACGUCAUGGAGACCAUAAGGGACAGGCUUGUCAAAGUUGGCCGUUCUUCCCGCCAUGAUCUUCCUGUGGUAGUUGCCAGCUCAGGGCACAGCCUGCUGUCUGUGUCUCCACUUCCCCCCAUCCCUUCUCUGUUGCACACAGGGCAUCAGUCUUCAAGGAAAGAGACUUUUUUCCAGUCUGCCAAUCAUAUUGGGAAAGUACGAGCCAUGCUUACCUUCAUGGAACAUUUUCAGCUCAUCUGAGCACCCGCCGCCUUUCUUUAGUCAGAUCGUCGAUGUAAAUACCCAGUGUGCUUACGAGUUAGUUGGUAGACAUUUUCAUAUGUUGGAGUGAAUGGUGUGGCCUUCCAGUUUGGAAAAGUUGCAGAGAGCUGUCAGUCUGGUGAUGGAAGAAAAAAGAACUGCUUCCCAGGCUGGAAAACAUCUAGAAAACCUUCAGCCGGCCUCCAGAUGCUGUCGAGAGGCCAUUGCCCCCCACUCUCCAAUCCUGAGGUAUUUCCUCAGGGCCUUUUUCAAGGUCUCCUCUCUACAAAGCACAACACUAAUGUAUGUUUUGUUAGACCUCAGUUCCGAGUGCCCCUAUUUAUUUCAGUAAGAAUACACAUGUCCCCGCCACUUUUUGUUUGUAGUCUCUAUUUACUUGUUGUUUCUAUCUUUUUUACCCCUUGUCCUUUUCCACCCUUUUGAAGAGUUAUGCUAGUGAAUCUUACUUCGCAUAUACGUUUUGGUUUGUGAAGGCAGCGGUUAAGGGCACAAGGACAGCCAUGGGGACAUUUAUGUAAAUACGUUUCUCUCUAAUUGCCACACUGCAGCUGAACAGUGUGUAGUAUUUUCCCAGUCAGCUUUGCCAUACUGACGUCAAUCAUUUGAGAGAAAUUAUUCAGAUUUUAUUUUUGUAUCUGUGGUAACAAAACAUUAACCAAAAGAUUUGUUUGGAAGCUUCCUCUGACCACCCCCCACCCCCCAGCUAUUUGCUCACAUUAACAAAUUAAAGUGCCUGAAGCAUAAUUCAUUCUUCACCUGUAUACUAAAAAAAAAACCUGUUGUAUUGAUUUUUUUAUAAUAAGCCUUUUUACCUCUGUGUAAAAAAUAUAUAUACAAGCGUAUGAUGUACAUUUUAGUUAACUUUUUUUUAUGGUUUCUAAUAUGUAUGACCAAUGUAGCCAUUGCUUUAAGAUGUACCAUGUAAAUAUAAAAACAUCCUAUCAGA